GAAUAGGGUUAUUCAACUGAAAGUGAAAACUUUUAUAACUUUUCCUCAUUUCAUGGGCGCUGCCAUAUUGGAUUUAAAACGAGGCUCAGAAUGACGUCAUGCAGGUGCUCCGAGUAAAAUGCGAAGGCGAAAAGUUGGUUUAGAUUUCGUUCAAUUAUGAGCCUAAUAUGCACUAGAUCGCCUGUUUUUAAUCAUCUAAUAGUACAUGAAUAUAUAAGGAAUACACACACUUAGGAAUACUACAGCGUUAUCAACCAGAAUGUCAAGAUUGAUCAGGUUUUUAAGUCGGAGAAGAACUGGCAGGGGUUUGAAAAAAGAUCCCAAAGAUUCCAAACCCAAGAAUGUUUUAAACUGCAAGGUUGUCCUGCUUGACGGUACAGAUCUAACUCUUGAUGUAUCAAAAAAAGCAUAUGGCAGUGAGUUGCUGGACCUAGUCUACUUAGAUUUAGAUCUCGAAGAUCGAGAAUAUUUCGGCUUGCAGUUUACAGAUCCAUCCAAUGUGAAUCAUUGGUUGGAUCGAACAAAAUUAAUUAAAAAACAAGUAACAAUUGGUCCACCAUAUACAUUUAGACUAAAGGUGCGAUUUUAUUCCUCAGAGCCAAAUAAUCUUCGGGAAGAACUGACAAGGUACCAGUUCUUCCUUCAGCUGAAGCAAGACAUCCUCACUGGGAAGUUAGAAUGUCCAGAUGACAUUGCAGUAGAGUUGGCAGCCCUUGCCUUGCAAUCUGAACUUGGUGAUUAUGACGAAAGUGUCCACACACCUGCCUAUAUCAGUGAAUUUAGAUUCGUCCCUGAGCCAAAACAAACUGAAGAGAUGGAGCUUGCAAUAUUUGAAGCUUUUAAAGCUAUGAAAGGCAAAAUGAAAAAUCCAGCCCAAGCUGAACUGGCAUAUUUAAAUAAAGCAAAAUGGCUAGAAAAUUAUGGGAUAGAUAUGCAUUGUGUCAUGGGACGGGAUCAAAAUGAAUAUGGCCUUGGGCUUACUCCAACUGGUAUUUUAGUUUAUGAAGAUCAGUCUAAAAUAGGACUAUUUUUCUGGCCAAAAAUAGCCAGACUUGAUUUUAAAAAGAAAAAGUUAAUCCUUGUCGUAGUUGAGGAUGACGAGAGUGGACGGGAACAAGAGCACACAUUUGUCUUUCGAUUGGCUCAUCAUAAGGCUUGUAAACACUUAUGGAAGUGCGCAGUGUCACAUCACGCAUUCUUCCGACUUAAAACGCCACACAAGACCCCUACUGCCAGACAGGGAUUCUUCAGACUCGGCUCUCGGUUUAGAUUUGAUGAAAAGACAGAAUUUCAAAAAACAUACACAUACAAGUCACGGCGGAGUGUUCGAUUUGAACGACGCCCCAGUCAGCGCUACUCACGGCGACCAACAUUUGAGAAGAUGGAGCGAGAAAAACGAGAGGCCAGCCAAGAAGCUGAACACCCUACCACCCCCACUACAACAGUUGCACAGGUUGCUUCAAGUAAUGAUGUCACAACAGUUGCUACAACAAAGACAACAUCAGUCAGUAGUGUUGCUGAGGUAACGCCUGUCAGUAAUGGCAACCUCACCAUUAACACAACGGCCACUUCGGCCAUGGAUCGCCUCGAUGAACUUAUCAAAUCUCCAAAUGCUUUAUCCCCUAAAAAUAGAACCUCAGUGUCAUCUACUGGAUCUGCCCAUUCAGGAUCAAGUUUACGCUCGCCAGGUGUCACUAGUGUCAAGUCAGAGACCCCUUCUACUAGUGGAGCAAGAUCAUCUAAGGGGUCCACAAGCAGUGGUGCUGGUGCUAAGGGUUAUGGAAAAGAUGCACCAAGUACUAGUAUUUUAGAGGCAUCAGAAGCUGCUCAAGCUCGACUGAAAGGCCUUGAUGACCCAAAUAUUGUAAAGGCCAAGCCAAAAACAAAAGAUGUUAACAGUUUCCAGAACAACCAGAUAAAGUUUGCUGGUGGGGCACAGAACAUUGACAUGAAGUGUAAUAUUUUAAAAGCCAAGGCAGAAGAAGAUAUGAAAAAAGGCACCAAUACCAAUCAGAUUGUGUUACUGGUGGAUGAUGAUGAUGAGGAAGAUGAAGAUGACGAUGAACAAACUAGCGAAUGCAGUGCAGUUGAUGAAAUAACCACAGAUGAUGAUCUUGACAAUGUAUUCAACAAUGAGAAACAAGCUUUCCUUGCCGUUAAUAAUGCAAACCCUACCCAGCGGGCACACUCAGUCAGUGGGCUAAUUCGGCGACCAAAUUCAGCAGUUUCCCCUCCACAGCGACCUAAUUCUGUCCAUAGGUCCAGCUCAAUACAUAGGACUAAUUCACUCAGUUCAGCGCAUGGAGUGAAUUUAGUACAACGAACUGGGUCAGUCAGUUCAACCAACAGUCGAAACACAGGGGAGGAUACAACGCACCUUUUACAAAAAUCACCUGGACUGGUGACAAAUAGUGAGACAAGUCCACCUCGACACCAACAGAGUGACGCCAGCAGCCAUAGAUCAACCCCCUCCCCUGUCACAAAGUCAAGUCCCCCACAGGAGACAUCAUUUUCUGGUACAUCAGCUGUAACAACCCGCAAGACAGCACCAAGUAACUCAAAGACUUUAACGAACACGACGACAACAACAACUAUCGUCAAAGUACCCAACACAACAUCAAAUGGAAGCUCAACAGUUUCACCAUGGCAUGUUACAUCGCCAGAUAAAAAAGAAAAGGUCAUAGAGAGACGCGUUUGUCUGACAACUGAGUUAUAGCGUAUUGCAAGUGUAUACACGUACAAUGCACACAUGUUGAGUGCAUGUGUGUUGAGUACAUUCAUGUUGAGUACACACAUGUUUGUAUAUUACUCCUUGGUACAGAUAGGACUGUAUGAUAAAUAUAACACACUUAAUUAAUUGUAUAUUGUAGACCAUAGGGCAGAUAAAUUACAAUUUGUACAAAGAUAUAAAUAAAUACAAUUAUGUUACAUAAUGCAAUAUGCGAGCAGAAAAAUUGGCGAUAUUUACAAAUUGUGAAAGGUAGGAGAUCAUGAGUAAAAUCAGAAUGAAUAAUUAUUCUUUGUUAUAGGAAUAUAAAUAAUUUAGAAAACAUACGAUUUACAAAAUGUGCUUAAGAUUUUACAAAAUUUUUGAGUAUUUUAGUCGAGCCCAAGUGAAAGGUCCAAUGUUAGUUUGUCAUGGAGUAUGUGUAUGAAUUACAUUCAUGUAAUUUUUUAGUAUUAUUGAAUCUGUAUUUUAUUUUAAGUAAAUAUUUUCCCAUACAUUAUUCUAUGUAAAACAAGUAAUCCUAAGAUAGAUAAUGUAC